AUGUACUUUUCAGCCACUGUGGGGCUGGAAGACCUAAGCUCCUCGGGCUCCCGCUUCUCCUGGUCCUGCUGGCCGCGGCGCCCCCCCGGCUGCCGGGGCCUCGUCGUUCCCCGGUGCCAGCUGGUGCGGAUCCUCCGGCAGCACGGGCUGGAGGGCUUCGGCAGGAGAUCGGGGGCUGAUUGGGUCUGCCUGGCAAGGCCCAAGAGUUGUUACAACACCCAGGCCGUCGACCGCAACAAGGACGGCAGAUCGGACUGUGGGAUCUUCCAGAUCAACAGCAAGUACUGGUGCUACGACGGGCGAACGCCGGGGGCCAGCAACGGGUGCCACAUGCCCUGCAGCAAGCUCUUGGAUAACAACAUCGCGGACGACAUCAGUUGUGCUAAGCUCAACGCAAGGAAAGCGCGCGGCCUCAUGCCCUGGGUCGCGUGGAAGAAACGCUGCAGGGGAAAGGAUUUGAAGCCAAACGUCAGGGGAUGCUAG